AUGGCCUGGUGUGGGAAGACCGGCUUAGGUGGGAAUUCACUCCUGCCCCAGGGGCUGGGAGCACACUCAGGCAGGAAACCUCGAUUGACAAGAACUCAAAGUGCCUUUUCUCCGGUUGCUUUCAGCCCCCUAUUCACAGGUGAAACUGUGUCACUAGUGGAUGUGGACAUCUCCCAGCGAGGACUGACCUCGCCUCACCCUCCGACUCCUCCACCUCCACCACGGAGAAGCCUCAGCCUGCUAGAUGAUAUCAGUGGAACGCUGCCUACAUCUGUUCUAGUGGGUCCGAUGGGGUCUUCCCUGCAGUCUUUCCCUCUGCCUCCGCCUCCUCCACCCCAUGCCCCAGAUGCGUUUCCCCGGAUUGUCCCGUUCAGACCGGCAGAGGCAGUGAACAGCCAGACCACCCAGCAUCUUCACUGUCCUCUCUACCGACCAGACUCGAGCAGCUUUGCCGCUAGCUUGCGAGAACUGGAAAAGUGUGGUUGGUACUGGGGACCAAUGAACUGGGAAGACGCAGAAAUGAAGCUGAAGGGGAAACCAGACGGAUCCUUCCUGGUACGAGACAGUUCCGACCCUCGUUACAUCCUGAGCUUAAGCUUUCGAUCACAGGGUAUCACCCACCACACCAGAAUGGAGCACUACAGAGGAACCUUCAGUCUGUGGUGUCACCCUAAAUUUGAGGAUCGCUGCCAGUCUGUGGUGGAGUUUAUAAAGAGGGCGAUCAUGCACUCGAAAAAUGGGAAGUUCCUUUACUUCCUGCGAUCCAGGGUUCCAGGUCUCCCUCCAACGCCUGUCCAGCUCCUGUAUCCUGUCUCCAGGUUCAGCAACGUCAAAUCCCUCCAGCACCUUUGCCGCUUCCGGAUCAGGCAACUUGUCCGCAUAGACCACAUUCCAGAGCUCCCACUGCCCAAGCCUUUGAUCUCCUACAUCCGGAAGUUCUAUUAUUAUGACCCCCAAGAGGAGGUGUAUCUGUCGCUGAAGGAAGCUCAGCUGAUCUCAAAACAGAAGCAGGAGACUGAAUCCUUGACGUAGCGAGGCUGCCUUGCCCAUCUUGUCAUUGUCACAGACGGAAUUUGCUUGCUGAGAUCCUGUAGCAAAGAGCCUAAGCAAAGCUACAGCAGAAAGGAGGCGCAGGAAGGGGGAAGCCUGCCUCUGCAGUAGUGACUUCGGCUUACAAGCUCUUUUGUCUUCUGAAGAGGCUUCAGGACUCCUAAGAAGCACAGCAGAAUGGAAAUUGGAGCUCUGGCUCCUGGCUUGGGGAUGGAGCCUUUGAAAGCAAGUGAACUGGAUUCCAGACUCCUCGCAGAACGGAGAAUGUCAUAGCACUGUUUAUUAUUUAAGUUUUUAUUUUUGAUGUUUCCAUUUCUCAGCAUGGGAAAUAUUGUCUUUAAGAGCAGCUGGAUUUUAUUACACCGCAGAUUCAAGGGUGAGGGAAGAAAGGGAUCUUGCAGCAAGAUCAUCCAAUCCAGCCAUCCUGGUAAAACUGCUCUUUGGCUACCAUCAUGUGGCUGUGGCCAAAGAACUGCUGGGAAGGAAAAUGGGCCAGAUUCGUGUGCAGCUAUGUAGAAUAAUUGGGGGUGGGAGGGAGGAGAGGCGCUAGCGCUCUAAACAGUGCAGCUUCUUAGAUCCUGUGCUUUCUAGGAGACGGUGCAAGAGCCCAGCCUAGCCUGGAGUAGCCGAGUGGUCCUGUGCGCUUUCACAUCCUAUCCAAGGAGGGGAACCGUGUGUGGUUCAUUCAAAUCUUCUGAAGCGUUCUGCCAGUGGAAUAGCUUGUAGCAUUGGGGGGCAAGAGGCUAUCAGCCACCCAGCAAAUGCCAGAAGAUCUAGACCAAGAGUUUUUUGGGCUGAAGUCCUUUACAGUUCCUCCUGUGAUAGCUGUGGAAUCUGGCAAAGCUGUUGUCUAAAUUCCAGCAAUCCCUGAGCCAAGGACAUUCCUGCCUCACUGAAGCAAUCUCAGCACUGCAGAGUCAUGUGGAGUUUUGUUAUGGCCUCUGCGCUGGCUAUUCCCAAAAGCUGUGAAUGAAAUGGCUUUUUAAUCAAAGGAGCAGUGUCGAAUCCUGACAACUAAUUGCAAAGGCUGUUGUGGGACAUCUUUCUGACUCAGACGGGGAACAAAUUUUUGACCCUUACCGUGGGUUAGGUGGGAUGAUUCAGGACUGAAGGAUGAUCCCAACGUAAUUGGAGACAGCUUCCUGAUUUUCCUGUGAGGGUGAUGCUCUGUAUUUCUAUUCUAGCCUUUCUAGUGAUGACCUAGAACACGAUGAUCUGGGAGUAUUGCAGCACAGAACAAUUCCUGCAGAUGGGGCCAGUAACAGGAAAGCUAAGACAGUGUUGCUUCUACUGUAUUUGCCAUGUGGCUCCUAAAUUUGCCAUGGCUCACGGCGUUUGGUGCUAGUAAUAGCCCUCUCAUCUCAAGGAGCCUGGUCUGCUGCUGUCUUCACAGCUGCUAAGAAGUUAUUUUCAUAGCAAAAUGUAGUGUCUGCCCUUUGGUGGGGAUGAGACCCUUCUAAGGAGGGGUCUCGUGUCCUUAGUAAAACUAAAAAAUCCUCUCAGCGUGACUGCUGCUCACCUCCCCUCCCAGCAUGGUGAUCUGGAAGUUGUGAUGUUUGUGUCUGGCACUCGGGCUGUGAUCUUCUAACCUGGCAGUCCUUCCGCCGAGUUCUGAGUGUCCCCUACGUUGGAUGUAGCUGUUCGUGAGCCUUUAGGAUUCGCACCAUUCCUUAAGGAAUGGUGUACAUAUUGAGGUUAGAGGGUAGCAUGAAAUCUGGCUCGCUGUCUGUAAAGAGCUCCUACAGAGCGGGCUGGAGGCCAGGGCUCUUCCUUUCCUGUGUAAAUGAGAACAGCUUAACUUCCGGAUGAAACCACAACAAGGCUUAAGCAGUCUCUAGAAAUACCUCGCCUGAAAAAAUUUGCUACUGAAUCUGCAUCCCGUUGGUGGUUACCUAUUUGGGCAGGGGGUAGCAGAGAGGGAUGAAUACCCUCUUAGACUGGUCAUUUACAGGAUGUUUACACUGCCCCUUCCCUCCA